AUGUUGCUGGUGCCGGCGGCCCAGUUCGUCAUGGGGGCUUGUGCCAGCAGAUGCAGCACCCUCGUCGACUCGCUGGACCUCGAGGACACCACCGUGUGGUUCUCCAGUCACAUCGCUGCCGGCACGAACUUGACGUUCCCGGGAAACCAUCCGACCUGUAACCGCGCCAGCCAGGUUGUUGACGUUGACAUCUGCCGUGUCUCCAUGCUCACCACCACCGGACCGACGAGCAACACGAGCAUCGAGUAUGAGGACGUCAACUACGCCGUGUCGCAGGGCUUCGCCGCCGUCGGCACGAACAACGGCCACAACGGCACCAUUGGCGAACCCUUCCUCAACAACCCGGGCGUCAUUAAGGAUUUCGCCUACCGGGCCCUCCACCUGGGCGUCGUUCUCGGCAAGCAGGUCACCAAGGCAUUCUACGGCAAGGAGCACACAAAGUCGUACUAUCUCGGCUGCUCGACCGGCGGUCGCCAGGGCUUCAAGGAGGCACAGGACUUCCCCGAAGACUUUGACGGCAUCGUCGCCGGCGCCCCCGCUUUCGCCUUCACAAACCUCACGUCGUGGAGCGGCAGCUUCUUCACAAAGACUGGCCCGCCAGGCUCCCCCACGUUCUUGACGACCGAGCAGUGGAACGCCGUGUGGCAGAACAUGCUGGUGCAAUGCGACGGCCUCGACGGCCAGGUUGACGGCAUCCUCGAGGAUCCGGACCUCUGCCAGUACCGGCCCGAGGCCCUCAUCUGCGGCGCCAACACGACGGGCCCCUGCCUCACGGGCACCCAGGCGCAGACGGUGCGCGCCGUCUUCUCGGACCUGCACGGCCCCGACGGCUCCCUCGUCUACCCGCGCAUGCAGCCGAGCCCGCAGCUGGGCCUGCUCGUCGGCGGCCGGCCCUUCCCCUACACGAACGACUGGUUCCGCAACGUCGUCUACAACGACAGCAGCUGGGACGCGGCGACGCUGGGGCCGGCCGACUACGCCGCGGCCGCGGCGCAGAACCCCUUCAACAUCGCCACGUGGGAGGGCGACCUGUCGGGCGCGCGCGCCCGCGGCGCCCGCAUCCUGCACUACCACGGCCUCCAGGACCCCAUCAUCUCGAGCGACAACUCGGCGCGUUACUACAACCACGUCGCGCGCACCAUGGGCCUCACGUCGGCCGCGCUCGACGAGUUUUACCGCUACUUCCGCAUCUCGGGCCUCAACCACUGCGCUGGCGGACCGGGCGCCACGUUCAUCGGCAACAGGGCCGUGGCCGUGGCCGGGCACGAGCCGGAGCGCAACGUGCUGUCGGCGAUUGUGCGGUGGGUGGAGGAGGGCGUUGCGCCCGACCACAUCCUGGGCACGGCGUACGUCAACGGGACCAAGACGGCGGGCGUGAACUUUGAGAGGAAGCACUGCAAGUACCCUGCGCGGAAUGUGUACCAGUCCGGCGAUCCCAAGCUGGCCGACAGCUGGGCGUGUGUCUGA